GGCGGCCAUGCAGCUCUGGAUCCGCGGACUCGCCCUGCUCGUCCUGUCGCUCCAUCCAGCGUCUUCCUUCCUGACUUCGUCGUCUCUCUCCCCAUCAUGCCUCUCCCUCCCAUCAGCAUCCCCGUCGUCCUGCAGGAUCUCCCCCAUGGGUCGUCCAGCCUCGCGCUGCGCGCACAGCAGCCUCAAGAUGGCGGUGGAUCGAAGAGACUUCAUGCAGCAGGCUCUUGCUCUCGGUAGUCUGGCUGUGCUUGCUGCCCCUUCACAAGCCCUUGCGGACUUGUCGGCGGGGCGAUCGGUCCCCCUCGGAAGCAGGGAGAGGGGUCGAGGGCCCGAGGGAGUGAACCGCCCUGACUUGCUUCCUCCUGGACCCAAAGUGAACGUGAUCGACCUGGAGAAGUUCCUCACCAAAGGCCAAGUGGCGAAGAUGGACAAACUGCUUGCAAAGCUUGAGGAAGACACAGGGUAUAAGAUGCGCGUCCUGUGUCAGAGGUACCCGCAAACGCCAGGGCUUGCUAUCAAGGACUACUGGGGGGUUGACGAUAAGACGAUUGUCAUGGUAGUCGAUCGAGGAAGCGGCAAGGCUGGUCAGGCAAACAUCCUGAACUUCAACGUCGGGCAGGGGGUGGAGCUUGCCCUUCCUCCUGUGUUCUGGACGCGCCUGAGGAACUUUUUCGGGACAGUCUUCUACGUGAAGGAGAACGGCGAGGAUGCUGCAGUCAUCAACGCGGUGGAUGCAGUAGUCGGCUGCCUCCGUCAAGGUUUCUGUACUGAUGUUCCCAAGGAGAUGAAAGAGAUUGCAAACAAGUCUUUCUAGAGCUUCUAACUUCUAGACAAGCUUUUUGCCACUUGCAAAUACAAUCAUGAGUGAUCAG